AUGAAGCUAAGUACGGGAUUGGCCUUAGGGGCCUUGACUGUGCUGUCGUCUGUCGUUGCUGCUGCUGAGGACCGUGACCAUCACACCACUACGGUGACUACUACCCACGGAACUCACAAGUACGGUAAGUUCAACAAGACUUCCCGUACCCAUGCUCCAAAGAACUCCGGAACCCACAAGUACGGUAAGUUCAACAAGACCUCUAGAACCCAUGCGCCAAAAAACACUGGGACCCAUAAGUACGGUAAGUUCAACAAGACUUCUCGUACCCACGCUCCAAAGAACACUGGGACUCAUAAGUACGGUAAGUUCAAUAAGACUUCUCGUACUCAUGCGCCAAAGAACACCGGGACCCACAAGUAUGGUAAGUUCAACAAGACUUCUCGUACUCACGCGCCAAAGAACACUGGUACCCACAAAUACGGGAAGUUCAACAAGACCCACAACCCUACCUCGACUGUUGUCGAGAAGGCUGCCACCGCCAACGCUGCUGCUGCCGGUUUUGACGGUGCCCACAAGUUGCUGGGUUUGACCGGUGGUUCUGCUGCUGUUCUUGGUGCUCUCAUGCUAUUGUGA